AUGGAGGCGGAACUCCAAUCUCAGAUUCCUGGUCUCGACCAUGUGAUCUCCGAAUACUCCGUUGGCUACUUGACCCAUGCGUCCAAGGCCUACGUCGAGGAUGCCAAUGCACCUUCUCCGCUGGCCGAAGCCGCCGACAUGGUCACGGAGCUGCUCGUCUCCGCGUCUGGGGACUUCUCCGAGCAGAACGAGAAGGCCAUCCGCAAUCUGGUGGAGAAGUUCAUCUCUUCCCUGAGUGCCGCGGAUGGAGUCGAUUCCGAACGCCGGCAGAUGCCCUUCACGGCGAAGAAGCUGGACCAGGCCAUCAACGUCGGCUCGCAGCGGAACAUGUCCUCGACCCUGGGCCUUGCGGGCGGUAACGUCGACUUGGAGUCGGCCAAUGCCAGAAAGGUCGAGUCGCGGGUCGACAAGAAGAAGCUCGAAAAGGCGGAGCGCAAGAUUCGCGCCAAGCAGGAGAAGAAGCAGAUGAAGACGGUCGAGUAUGAAGCGUCGCGUCUGCUGAACCAGCAGGAUGAGGCCAUGUCUUAUGAAGAAUUCUUCAUGGCUGUCAACCCGCUUCAGCUCGGCUCGGAUUCGCAGUCCAAGAGCAAAGAUGUCAAGGUCGACAGCAUUGACAUUUCUGUCGGUGGUAACCGCAUUCUGACGGAUGCCUCGCUGACUUUGGCCUACGGUCAUCGCUAUGGUCUGGUCGGUCAGAACGGUAUCGGAAAGUCUACUCUCCUGCGUGCGUUGAGUCGCAGAGAAGUGGCCAUUCCCAGCCACAUUUCCAUUCUCCAUGUCGAGCAAGAGAUUAUGGGCGACGACACUCCAGCUCUACAGGCUGUUCUGGAUGCCGACGUGUGGCGCAAACGUCUUCUCGCCGACCAAGAUAAAAUCAGCAAACGCUUAAACGAGAUCGAGGCCGAAAGAUCCUCCAUGGCAGAUACAUCAAAGGACGCGGCGAUACUCGACCAUGAGCGGGAGGGUCUGGACAUCACGUUGAACGACAUCUACGCCAAACUUGCAGAGAUGGAAUCAGAUAAAGCAGAGUCGCGCGCAGCUAGUAUAUUGGCUGGUCUCGGUUUCUCUCCUGAAAGACAGCAGUAUGCUACGAAGACUUUCUCUGGUGGUUGGCGUAUGCGUUUGGCUCUUGCACGAGCUCUGUUCUGCGAGCCAGAUCUGCUCCUGCUGGACGAACCGUCUAACAUGUUGGAUGUUCCAUCCAUUACUUUCCUGUCCAAUUACCUCCAAGGCUACCCCAGCACAGUCCUUGUGGUCUCUCACGACAGAGCCUUCUUGAACGAGGUUGCAACCGAUAUUAUCCACCAACACUCAGAACGCCUUGAUUACUACAAAGGAGCCAACUUUGAUUCCUUCUACGCGACCAAGGAGGAGCGGAAGAAGAAUGCGAAGCGUGAAUAUGAGAAGCAGAUGGCGGAGCGAGCCCAUCUUCAAGCUUUCAUCGACAAAUUCCGUUACAAUGCAGCCAAGUCGUCCGAGGCGCAGUCAAGAAUCAAAAAACUCGAGAGAAUGCCAGUCCUGGAAGCUCCCGAGAGCGACUACGUCGUGCACUUCAAGUUCCCCGAGGUUGAAAAGCUUUCUCCGCCGAUUGUCCAGAUGUCAGAGGUUUCUUUCGGUUACACUAAAGACAAGCCUCUGCUCAAGAACGUCGAUCUCGAUGUCCAGCUGGACUCUCGUAUCGGUAUUGUCGGGCCCAACGGUGCCGGUAAGACAACCGUGUUGAAGCUGUUGACCGGCCAGCUUCAGCCGACGAGCGGUUUGAUUUCGCAGCAUGGAAAGCUGCGUAUUGGCUUCUUCGCGCAGCACCACGUGGACGCUCUGGAUCUGACCACAAGUGCGGUGGGCUUCAUGGCGAAGACUUAUCCCGGAAAGACCGACGAAGAAUACCGUCGGCAUCUUGGAGCAUUCGGUAUCACUGGAAUGACUGGUCUCCAAAGAAUGGAGCUCCUGUCCGGAGGACAAAAGUCCCGUGUGGCAUUCGCCUGUCUCUCGCUCACUAACCCGCACAUCUUGGUUCUCGACGAACCUUCUAACCAUCUGGAUAUUGAAGGUAUGGAUGCGCUUUCGGAGGCGCUGCAGAAAUUUGAGGGAGGUGUCGUCAUGGUUUCCCACGAUGUGACCAUGCUGCAGAAUGUCUGCACCAGCCUUUGGGUUUGCGACAAGGGAACUGUGACCAAGUUUGAUGGCACGGUCAAUGCCUACAAGAAGUUGAUCAGCUCCCAGGCCAAUGAGGCGGGAGUUGCGGUGCAGCACUAA